AUGGGCUGCUCUGCAUCACUGGGCAACAGCCUCAAUGCAGCACAGGGAACAUUCAGAAGAGGGAGAUCUCCGUUAAUAGAGACCCAGGAAAACCCAAGAGAAUCACAGUCUGACAAUAGGAGAAGUGGGGGAUCUGGUGGAGGGGACACAGAUAAAGACAACUCAACAGCUCGGAAUGACACAUGUUCCAGAGUGUUGGGGAGGAACUUCACUACAGCUGAGACAGAAACUGCUGGGGUUGCAUCUUCCAAACUGGGAACACAAGAGAUUACCAUUAAAAUAUUAUCUAAAGGGAAGGAAAGACAAAGGGGAAAACAAGAGGCAUGUGAGAAAAAAGCUGUGAAGAAGUCAAAGAAAGAUCUUAAAAGUGCAAAAGUAAACAAGAAGAAAGACAAGGAAAGACGAUGUUCUAUUGAAGAAAAGGUUGACUUUCCAGAGCCACUGGUGAAAGCUCAUCAAGCAGCGUAUGCAUAUCUUAACCCCAGUAUCAAUAAAUAUGAAGACUUGUUAGAGUUACUUGAUCAUGCAGCUCAGACCCAAAUCUCCUUGCAACCCAUGGUAGCAUUCUUGGUCCUUCGCUAUAAUGAGAUAAAUAAAGGGCUGCAGGAAAUAGUAGAAGAGGGAGAGAUGAUGUUAAAAGGAAACGGAGAGCAUCUGGCUUGGCCUUGCCAAAAAAAGAAUUCCUCUUCAUCCAGCUCAGCAAAAAAUUUGACAAAUGAGCCUCCACCAGACCUGCUUCAACAACUCCUCCAGUACACUGUCCAGAGGAUGCGACAAGUGGGUCAAUCAGUGUGUGGAAUCGGGGAUACUGCACUUGAGGAGGCUGUGGAUUAUUUUUCCUCCAUUUCUGAAAUUCUUGAAGAGAAGCUCAGGACAAAACAUGCAUCAGAGUCUAGAUUAAUGCAGUUGCUAUCUCGGAUUGAGGCAGCCUCACUAAAAAAACCGGGGCCAGAGGACUCUGCGCUGUUUAGUGAAGACAGCGGUAUUGGUGCCGAAAAUGAAUCACUGGCAGGUUCAGACAGACAACACCAGCGCAGAGAAAGCUGCGAGUCAAAUGGAACCAUUUGUACUACAGCAUGUAGCCCUUAUGGUUUUACCCCAGUUCACCAAGGCUCAUACAGAGGCAGACAUAUCCGAACCAUGAGCAACAGCAGUUCUCUUAUCUCUAUAGACUCUAUUUGCACUAUUACAGAAAAAAAACAUAAGGAUACAGAAUCACUGAUUGGCUCUGUCUCCUUGGAUGAAGGUGAAAGGGAGAGUGUGGAGGAUGGGAGUGAAGAUGAAAAAUGUGAGGAUAAAAGGAGGACAAAAUCAAACUCUUCUACUCCAGACCUUAGUCAGAAACCACGUCGCCUGCCAACAAAGCGCAUAGAGAAUCCACAAAAUGUUGAAAUGACUUUAAAGUUGAAAGAUGCCAUCAGUGGCCGGAUUAAAUUUUUACCAUCCCAAAGCUUUACAGUAAAGACAAAACAGACUGAAAGCCCAAUAGGCAGUUGCCACCAGUGGACUGAGGAAGGUGACAAAAGUGCUAAAAGACCGCAAACUGCAGUCACAAGAAUCCCAAAGAAAAAGCCUGUGGUUAUUAAACAGUGCCGGUCAAGAUCUGCAGACUCUCUGCGUAGUAAAGCAGAAGAUCCUACACUCAAUGAACUUGAGAGAACUCAAAAAGAAUUGAACCGAAGGCUGGAGAGGAUGACCAAGAAUAAGUGUGUAGGAAAUACAAAGCGAGAUUCAUCUAAUCAAAGCCAACAGCAGCCAACAAAUGAUAUUUCAUCAGAAGCUGCCAGCAGGCAGCGUUCUUUGAAUUUCUUUUCUCCAAGCAGUCAAAGAAAAGUAGGCAAUGCAAAAGUAGAUAUUAGGGGACAAGGGAGUGUUAAGGAAGAAAUGGAUGAAAAAAAGAAAAAGGAGAAAGACAAGGAAAAAGAAAAGGGUAAAGACAAAGAUAAGAAAGCUCCAAAAGGGCCUGUUAAGGCAAUACCUACAUCGAGCCCUCCACGGUCACCCCGCCAAUCCUCAGGGUUGUCUAGGGGAAUCAAUUCUGUAAAAAAAUUGAUUGACACCUUCAGUCAGGGUGUGGAGGAAAGUAAACAGAUGCCAGAGAAUGCAACAGUUCUUGGACCUCUUAAAGGUGUUAGAAAGUGCGGUGUUCCAAUCAUUCCAGGUUUAGGUACCUCUGGCACAUUAGCAUUCAUUGACAAUGAUAUUGGUAGUGGUCGAGGUGAGUCACAAUGCUCUGAAAGGACAGAAGAUCUUGACAUUGACAAUCUACCCCCCCCUCCUCUUGAGAUUCUAAUGGACAAUUCCUUUGAAAACGUGCAGGAAAAGGACUCCGAAGAAAAUGAAUCAAGCAGGGGCCGAUCCACGCUUCCGAAAAAGACAGCAAUGUCUCAAAGGCUACAAACCUCUUUGCAGUCUCUAACAGUGCUACCUAGUAGGGGAAAGUUGCCUAAGGGCUCUGUCAGCACAUUACCAGCCCGUUCCAUACACCAGGAUACAAGGGAACUUGGGAAGGGUGGUGCCUAUGAUUUCAGUCAUGAAACAGACACAGAAAGUGAGGAGGCUUCCUCCCUCUACAAACAAGCAAGCCAAAAUAUUCACUUGAGACUCUCCUCUGACUCUCCAACAGAAAAACGUAAAGUUGAGAUGGGCUACAGUAAGCUUUCUUCCUGCCCAGGUGAUGUAGAUGUUAAACAAGAGAACAGUACCAAUGAAACACUACCAAAUAGUGCCUCUACGAACCAAACACAGGCCACUUCACCUCUAUCCAAAACUCGCGUAUUGCCAUCCACACCUUUGUUACACCGGAGACUCCCUAGCCCUCCAGUUUUUAAAACUGAAUCCACUUCUUUGACUUUAUCUAGUCCCCCAGUUGUUAGUAACCUUCCCACCCCUCCUUUUGCUGGACAACGGAUAUUGCCAAGCACUCCUGCCAUGCGGCAAGACCACACACCCAGCACAAUGUCUAGGGUCACCUACCCCUUCAAGGCACCAUCACCUCCUGCUUCCCCAAAAGUGCAGCGAUGGUCUCGAAGCAACAGUAGUGAGGACUCUACUUUGAGAGUAUUUAGCAAUGCUCGAUCAGUGUUUUGUCGUGCCUCAUCAUCAUUGUUUGAGGCUCAGCCUGUUCCCACACCCAAGCCCCCUCAGGCGUGGGCCUGCACUGGGGUUCUACCUCGUCCCUGGUAUGGGACGCUGCCAUUGACUGCACGAGGACACAAGCCAUUCAUUCGGCGCAGCCAUUCAGAUAGAAGACCAAGUCUAAGCCAGCCGCCUAGGACACCAGUCAUCUCUGUGGCAGAAACAUGUGGGAGUGAGCCAGCAAUUAGCACCCAUGGGUUGGAAGAUGGUCCAAUCAGAGAAGACAAGCCAUGGAGUGAGCAAACAGAACCCUGGGGUACAGUACGCUCUGCCUCACACCCAGACUUGUGCAUUGUGGGUCAGGGUUUACAGCGUGAAUGAGAGAAAUUAGGAAUGAGCAAGUGGGAUUAUGG